AUGUCUACUGAACAAUACAACAUAACUGAUGACGAUGCUUAUCUAGACUACGACUCCGACUACGCCUCCUCGUCUGGUGAUGACUCUUUGCUACUGGAGUAUGACGCUCUCUCCGCGCAACAACAAUGGGAAGAAAGCAUGAAUCAAAUACAAAUGGUGUUGGGAUUGGUAUUGUUCCCAUUGGUAGGAAAAUUACUAGGAAGGCGGUUCAGCAAACUUAUUUGGAGGCGAUUUGCUGACUGGUGGUGGACGUAA